AUGGAGAAAGCAAAAAAGAAAAAACUAGUGUCGCUCCAACGAGAAGAAAUAUUUUCCGAUGAUAUUUGUUUUGAAAUAAUUUCCAUGAUUGAUAAUUCGUGGUUUAUUUUGAAUAAUUGUUCCUUGAUUUCAAAACAAUUCUUUAAUGUGAUCAAGGAACGUUCAAAACUUUUUAUUAAAUUUAAAAAGAAAUUUACAGAGAAAAGAAUUAAAUUAUUCAUGAAGAGUCAAUUUAUGAAUAGUAUUGUUAAUGUUAAAUUUUCUAAAAGGUUGUUUGAUUCUAUAGAAAAACCCACAUUCAUAACUGAAAUGAAACAAUUAACUUCACUUGAUAUUAGUAACAAUCGAAUUGGUUAUGUAACAGCCGAAUCAAUAAUAAGUGAAAUGAAACAGUUAACAUCAUUUAAUAUUAGUGGAAAUAGCAUUGAUGAUGAAACAGCCAAAUCAAUAACUGAAAUGAAACAAUUAACUUCACUUGAUAUUAGUAACAAUGGAAUUGGUGAUGAAACAGCCGAAUCAAUAAUAAGUGAAAUGAAACAAUUAACAUCAUUUAAUAUUGGUGGAAAUAUCAUUGGUGAUGAAGGAGCCAAAUCAAUAAGUGAAAUGAAACAAUUAACAUCACUUAGUGUUAAUAACAGUGGAAUUGGUGUAGCAGGAGCCAAAUUUAUAAGUGAAAUGAAACAACUAACAUUACUUGAUAUUGGUGAAAAUUCAAGUGGUGUAGCAGGAGCCAAAUUUAUAAGUGAAAUGAAACAAUUAACAUCACUUAAUAUUGGUGGAAAUAGCGUUGGUGUAGAAGGAAUCAAAUAUAUAAGUGAAAUGAAACAAUUAACAUCACUUACUAUUUAUAACAGUGGAAUUAUUGAAAUUAACACUACUUGA